GGCGACCGACUGGCGAGGAAGCAGUGACAGGAAACUACGUGAACCCUUGAACCCAAGACGGGAUCUUUGUCUUAAACGAGAUUAGUAUUUUCAGCUUCUUUGCUACGCAGUGUAAAGGAGCUUUGGGAAGUAUAAUCGCAUCUAUCAAUUUCUUGGCUUAAACCCUACUGCUAUUUCUCUUAUUCCAUCAGCCUCUGAAAAUGUUCAAGAAGUUCUCAAGUGAAGAAGUUUCUGGACAAAAUCAAGUCAAAGCAUCUGUGCAACGCAAAAUCCGGCAAAGCAUUGCAGAAGAGUACCCAGGACUUGAGCCUGUUCUUGAUGAUUUGCUUCCAAAGAAGUCCCCUCUGAUUGUUGCAAAAUGUCCAAAUCAUCUGAAUUUAGUUGUGGUGAACAAUGUACCGCUAUUUUUCAAUAUACGGGAUGGACCGUAUAUGCCUACUCUGCGGCUUCUUCAUCAAUAUCCAAACAUAAUGAAAAAACUGCAAGUUGACAGGGGCGCUAUUAAGUAUGUCCUGUCUGGUGCCAACAUAAUGUGUCCAGGCCUUACGUCUCCCGGAGGUGCUUUGGAUGAUGAAGUUGGAGCCGAGACUCCUGUUGCAAUAAUGGCUGAAGGGAAGCAACAUGCUCUUGCUAUUGGCUUUACAAAAAUGUCAGCAAAAAAUAUAAAAGCAAUCAACAAAGGAAUCGGUGUUGAUACCAUGCACUAUCUCAAUGAUGGCCUUUGGAAGAUGGAGCGGCUGGAUUGAGUGUGUGCGAAAUGGGUACUUGUUUCGUGGAACAAGAUGAUGCGAUGCGCACACGGUUUCUUGGUGUGUAGUAAUGAUCCUUUUCUUUUAUGAUGAACAAGGUUUUGUGUUCAGUACCCUCUUGACUUACUGCACUUUGAAAUCAUGAUGAGUUCUUAUUUGCGGUGUAAAUUUCGAAUUUGGUAUGUACAAUUUAGAGUUUGUAACAAAUUGGAUUCAAUCUCAAGUUACAAAGAUAUUCUCUAUAUUCUAUUUUAC